AUGCCCGUCGCGCCGCUGAACAUUGCGCCGCACCAAGCACUGCACUUCGGGCCACCCUCCCCUCGCGAAGGCUCCAGCCGCUCGCAGCGCGGCGACUCGCCGGCGGCCGAGGAGUACGAGCUGAACCGCACGUACGAGUCCGGCCCGGCACUGCCCACCUACUCGCCCGGCAUGACGACGAGCUACGACGCCCCGCACGGCGGCGCCUCGUCGGCCGGCGCCACGCCGCGCCGCUUCGCAGCUGGCGGCUUUGAUCCGUACAGCGCGGAGAAGGGCGAGGACAAGAUCCAGGAGAAGGGCGGUGCCGGCGCUCAGGCCUACGCCCGCGCCGGUCUGCAGCCCGUCGCCGAGCUGGGCAACACGCCAUCGUAUGGCGGAGGCGCGAGCAAGGGCGGGUAUGCCAGCCUCAUUCCUGAGAAGCAGCCGCCCAAGUCGCCACUGGACUACCUUUCGGCUCUCUCGCAGCAGUCCGAGGCGGCCACGACGGCCAUGUACCUCGUGCUGAGCCUGGUCUCGCGGCUGUGGGGCAUUGGGCGAAGUCCGCAUGUGAUCUGGGACGAGGCGCACUUCGGCAAGUUCGGCUCGCACUACCUCAAGAGCGAGUUCUACUUCGACGUGCACCCGCCGCUCGGCAAGAUGCUCGUCGGCCUCGCAGGCCUGAUAAGCGGCUACCGCGGCCAGUUUGAGUUCAAAAGCGGCGAGAAGUAUCCGGACGAUGUCAACUACGUCGGCAUGCGCAUCAUCCUCGCCAUGUUCGGCGUGGCGAUGGCGCCGAUUGCCUACAGCACGAGCGGCGCCCUGGGCUGGAACUGGCGCUCGCGCCACGUGCUGGCCAUCAUGGUGCUGUGCGACAAUGCCUGGCUCGUCAUCUCGCGCUUCAUCCUGCUCGACUCGAUGCUGCUCUUCUUCACCUUCACCACCGUGCACGGCCUCGUCAUGUUCCACCGCCAGCAGAACCGCUCCUUCUCCAAGAUGUGGUGGUUCUGGCUCACGUUCACCGGCCUCUCCAUCGGCUGCGUGGCGAGCGUCAAGUGGGUCGGCUUCUUCGCUACGGCGCUCGUCGGCCUGUACACGAUGGAGGAUCUGUGGGACAAGUUCGGCGACACGCGCAUGCCCGUGCGCACGUACGCACGACACUGGUGUGCGCGCAUCCUGUGCCUCAUCGUCUCGCCCGUCAUCGUGUACAUGACGUGCUUCCGCAUCCACUUCCUCAUCCUCAGCAACUCGGGGCCCGGCGACGCACAGAUGAGCAGCCUGUUCCAGGCGCACCUGCGCGGCAACGACUUUGCCAAGUCUCCGCUCGAGGCGGCGUACGGCAGCAAGGUCACCUUCAAGAACAUGGGCUACGGCGGCGGCCUGCUCCACUCGCACGUGCAGACGUACCCUGCCGGCUCGCAGCAGCAGCAGGUGACGUGCUACCACUACAAGGACAACAACAACGAGUUCGUCAUCACGCCGCGCUGGGAGGACGCGCCGCUGCCCGGGCCCAACAGCACCGAGCCGAUCCGCUUCCUCAAGGCUGGCGACACGUUCCGCUUCGUGCACGUCCAGACGGGCCGCAACCUGCACAGCCACAACUUUGCCGCGCCCAUCACCAAGGAGAACUACGAGAUCAGCGGCUACGGCAACGACACGGUCGGCGACUCGAACGACUACUGGGUCGUCGAGGUCGUCGACGACAUCAUCACGCGCAAGAAGGGCGCCGCGGGCGACCCGAUCCGCAGCCUGACGACGCGCAUGCGCUUCAGACACCAGAAUCUCGGCUGCUACAUGCGCGCCGGCGGUGCGAUUCUGCCGCAGUGGGGCUGGCGUCAGGUCGAGGUCAGCUGCGACAAGGAGAACAACCCGCGCGAUGAGCAUACCUACUGGAACAUCGAGAGCCACUGGAACGAGCGCCUGCCGCCCGGAGACACGAAGCUCUACCGCUCGCCCUUCCUGCGCGACUUCAUCCACCUCAACGUCGCCAUGAUGACGUCCAACAAUGCGCUCACGCCCGACGCCGACAAGGACGACAUCCUGGCGAGCAAGGCGCUCGACUGGCCGUGGCUCUACAACGGCCUGCGCAUGAACGGCUGGGGCGACAACCAGAUCAAGUACUAUCUGGUCGGCAACCCGGUCAUCUGGUGGGGCUCGACGACGAGUCUCUUCGUCUUCGUGCUGGUGCUGGCGUGGUACCUGGGCCGCAUGCAGCGGCGCCACGCCGACCUCAGCCCCACGGACUUCAACCAGUUCCUCUUUGUCGGCAAGCUCGCUGGCAUCGGCUGGUUCCUGCACUACCUGCCCUUCCUCAUCAUGGCGCGCGUGUGCUACAUACACCACUACCUGCCGACGCUCUACUUCGCCGUGCUCAUGUACGUCCACCUGCUGGACCACUUCCUCUGGAACUCUUCGACGGCUCGCUACCGCGUCCGCGGCACGAGCGGGCAGCGCGCUCCGCUGUCGCCGCUUGCGCAGAACCUUGCGCUGCUCGUCGUGCUGGGCGCCGUCGUGGGCGCCUUUGCGUGGCUGCACGGCACUGCCUACGGCAUCGAUGGCCCGGUGUGGAAGCAGCGCGGCAUGCGUUGGAGGGCGAGCUGGAACAUUCACGACUAG